AUGAUUAUUUAUAAAAGUAAGUGUUUUAGUUAUCCAGACUCUAACUUGGCUUUAGAUCUUGGUCUUCUCUUCCUCAUGGUAAUCCUUGAGUUUGUGCGGUUGUACUUGGGUACAAUGGGAAAUUUAACAGAAGAAGAGCUUCCGUUAGGAUCCAGUCUGUUAUUGACUAUUGGCAAUGUCUUUCUGUCUAUAUAUUUCCUGGUGUGGGAGACAUACAUCCUGAGAGCAGAUCUCAUCAUAAAUGGCAUUCUGUUGGUUCUUUAUGGUCUGGAAGCAAUCCUAGAAAUUUUCACCAUUGCCACUUUUUUCCGUUAA